GCAACGCUCGCCGACGGAGUGCCGGUGAACAUGAUGAUUUUGUGUUUUCGGAGCACUCCGGCGCCUCUUUGCCGCAAGGCCGUCGAGUGUUUGCUGUCGGUGCGGCGAGGGGCUGCGUGCCGACUGGAGGCGUCGUCGUCGUCACGGCGGCUCGGACGCGCACCUGUCACCGCGGCGGGGGGAAGCUCCAGGACCCUCGGUCUCAGAGGGCUGGACGACCGCGCUCCCUGUCGCCUCGGCCCUCUUCCGUCGACGCGGUGGAGGCCGUGCGGGACUCUGCUAGUGCUCCGCGGAGGUCGCGGCCGUGUGGCGGACAACUCCCCGGCUCUCCUGUCCACCGGAGGCCGAGGGCACAGCGGGAAGAUCAACCAGGGAACAUCGGACAGGCAGCGGGAAGCCGCCCCGGUUCCUGGACAGGGGCUUUUUAAGUUUAAAGAACUGUACGAGAACCCGUGGACCGUCCCCAACCUGCUGUGCGUGUGUCGGAUAGUCCUGGCUCCUUUCCUGGGUCACCUGAUCAUCCAGCAACACUUCCACCUCAGCCUGGCGCUCUUCACCCUGGCUGGAGCCACUGACCUGCUGGACGGUUACAUCGCCAGGACAUGGCCAACGCAGAAGUCUGCUCUGGGAAGCGCCCUGGACCCGCUGGCUGAUAAAAUCCUUAUCAGCAUUUUAUACGUCAGCCUCACGUACGCAGACAUCAUACCAGCGCCACUGACGGCGCUGGUGGUUUUCAGAGAUGUCGGCUUGAUCGCUGCCGUCUUCUGGGUCAGAUACAAGACAGUGCCGCCGCCGGUGACCCUCAGUAAGUUUUUUAACCCCUGCUACACCACAGCUCAGCUCAAGCCGACGCUCUUCAGCAAGCCGUUUGUGCGUUGCUGUGGGCACUCUGCAGGUGAACACGGCUAUCCAGCUUGUGCUGGUCGCGGCGUCCCUGGCGGCUCCAGUCUUCCAGUACACAGACAGCAUCCUGCUGCAGGGCUUGUGGUUCGUCACCGCCGUGACCACCACAGCGUCGGGCUACAGCUACUGGCACUACGGCCGAAAGACCGUCCGGGUGCUGAACACCAGGUCGCCAUGACAACAAAAAACAUUAGUAGCAAGCCGCAGACAAUCAAGAGUUGGAGGAGGUCGAGGGAGGCAUGAGCCGCGCACGCGAGCGCCGGAUGACGGCCAAGAGUGUGGUGAGAACAAACAAGUGGCUGUUAACGUGUCGCCAUGGCGAUGACUCGCCGCAGAUGGUCGUACCGCAGCUCAGCUAUUGGACCCUACUGUAUGAAAAAAGAGCUGGGUUUUUUUGUUUUUUUAAACACAGUCACACCGAUCACCGUCACAUCAUGUAUGAAUGUUUGAUUUAUCAAUAAAAUAGAAAAUCUGUGCAAUCAAAA